GAGUGCGACCUGAUGCCUCACCUCCCGUGUCAGUUGCUGACGCCAUACUCACCCAAAAGAAUAGACGUCAAAUUUCAUCCUUCAUCUCAGCAAACGUUCAAAAAACGAUUAAAAACUACCCUUACAAAGCUCUGAAGCAUAAAUUAUCAGCGUCGCAUUGCAAAACUCAAAAAUGUCGCUAAUGCUGGCCAGCAGGCUCUGCAGGGCCCCAGUGUUCCAACGGAGCCUCAUCAAUCAGUUGCCCUCUCGUGCCGUGGCUAGAACCUAUGCAAAUGAGGGCCGAGAUGCUGUAGCCAGAGAGGCCAGACGCAAGGCUACUCUAAAAGAACGGGCAAUGGCCCCUUCAAGCGGCACUGCUUUUAAUAUCGGAAAAGGGGCUGUCGCUGGAGGCUCUGUUCUGGGUAUCGGAGCCCUGUGCUACUACGGGCUUUCUUCUGGCUCUGGCGCCAGUGCCUUAGAGCAAUCCCAUAUGUGGCCGCAGUAUGUGAGGGACCGCAUCAAGUCCACGUAUUUCUACUUUGGCAGUUCUAUCGCUGUUACGGCUGCUAGCGCUGCUGCCGCCUUCAGAUCCCCGGCCAUCAUGAACAUUGUGGCCAGAAAUGGGUUUGUGGGCAUUGCCAUCAGUUUGGUGGCAAUCAUCGGCACUGGAAUGCUGGCUCAAAGCCUAGAAUACUCUCCAGGCUUCGGCCCYAAACAGAUGGCUUGGCUGCUUCACGCAGGUGUAAUGGGGGCCAUGGUGGCGCCCYUAUGCUUCCUAGGGGGCCCCAUCCUGAUCAGGGCCGCUUGGUAUACGGCUGGCGUGGUUGGGGGCCUCAGCACGAUUGCAGUAUGCGCCCCGAAUGACACUUUUCUCUACAUGGGAGGGCCUCUGGCUAUGGGAUUGGGCGUUGUUUUCUGCAGUUCCAUUGGUUCGAUGUUUCUGCCUCCCACUACCGCUUUAGGCGCCGGUCUUUAUUCGAUCUCCCUCUAUGGCGGUUUGCUGCUGUUCUCCGCCUUUUUGCUGUACGACACUCAGAGGAUUGUGGUGCAAGCCGAACGGUAUCCCGCCCAGCCCGAGUACCAAGGAGUGAAGCCCUAUGAUCCGAUAAACAAUGCUAUCUCGAUUUAUCUGGAUACUCUGAAUUUAUUUAUCCGAAUUGCUAUGAUGUUGGGCAUGGGCGAGCGCUCGAAAUAAUUAAAUAAGCCCCAAUUAGGCAGGUUUACGCGCUUGGGUUUGGCAAUUUUUUGUUUCCUCAUCGGUGAUUUGAUGCUUAUUCACCUUGUUUGAUUCUAGCGCCAUUUCCAUCUACUUGGACACUCUGAACAUCUUCAUCCGCAUUGCCACCAUGCUGGCCAUGGGACAAAACCGGCGCAAAUAAACAGUUUUUCCGAUUUUCUGUUAAAAUACAUAUUUGAUGCGUACAUCUAAGUUAUUUUUUGGCUGUGAGUGUUGGAUAUAUGGUCUGAAGAAUGACAGGUUUUACCUACGAUAAAGAAAGUCAAUAAAGUGACUAGUUACUGGUUA